AUGGCCGAAGCAAGUGGAUCCUGCUUGUGCGGCGGUGUCACCUUUGAUGUCUCCGGUUCGCCUGAUGCCGUGAUCCAGUGCUACUGUGAGCAUUGUCAGAAGAAUGCCGGUGGCCCUUUUCAAAUUGUGGCCAAGUACGACAAAGGGCUGGUGGACGUCAGGACUGGCGAGGACCUGCUCACGCACUUCGUGCUCACCGACACGCAAAGCGGGUACCCGAAACACAAGGUCUUUUGUCGCACCUGCGGGUGCACCAUGUGGACGAUUCCCAUGAGGCAUGGCGACCAGUUUCGCAUCGUGCGUGUUUCGUUGAUUCAGGACGGACUGGCGCGGUACAAGCCGAAUAAAGUCAUGUUCGAGGAGCGCAAGAUUGCGGAUUAA